CUCAGGAAGAUGUAGACCCCCUUCGAUGGCCAUCAGACGGGCUUGGUGUUUGAAGGUUCUCCUCGGUGUCACCGUCUUCUCCUUCCUCCUGCUCUGGUCCCGUCUCCUGGAAGGCACAAGGGGGCGAUGGUUCCGAUUCUCUGCCCCGUCUGGAAGAAAAGGCAUCGAUUUUCCGUCUCUCUUCUCGCAGGACCUCCCAGAACCGAGGUGCCAGACGGAGCUCCUCCUCCUCAUCUUGGUGACCUCCAAGCCCGACCAUGGCGACUCCCGGAAGGCCAUCCGAAGGACGUGGGCCUCCCCAGCCGGAGGGGCCGCCGGCGAAUGGCAGGUGGUCUUUUUGGUGGGACGGACGUUGGACGUGGAACUCGAUUGGCGGAUCCACAACGAGCAGAAGGCCAAUUGCGACCUUCUGAUGGGCGACUACCUGGACUCUCACCGUAACCGGACCCUGAAGGUCAUGCAUGGCAUGAAGUGGGCGGUGGACCGGUGCCGGCCGCGCUACAUUCUGAAAACGGGCGACGACUGCUUCGUCAACACGCUCCACCUCCCGCCCUUCCUGAGGGGCCGGGGCGCCGCCCACCUCUACGCGGGCGCGGCCGUCCCGGAGAAGAAGAGGGCCGUCGUCCGGGACCCGCUCAGCGAAUGGUACGUGGCGUACCGGGAGUACCUGCCCGACGUGUUCCCGCCCUACGCCAGCGGGAUCGGGUACAUCGUGUCCUUCGACGCGGCCCAGUCCAUCCUACGCGCCGCGAGGGCCAUCCCGCCCGUCCCCGUGGAGGACGCCUAUGUGGGGAUUCUGGCGGAGAGGGCCGGGGUCCGGCUUCUCACCAGCACCAGGUUUGCCAAACGCAACGUCAAAUGGAGCGUCUGCAACUACCGCUUCCUCAUGGUGAUCCACGGGCUCUCUCCGGAGGACCAGGCCUUGGCAAUGGAUAACCUUCGACGCACCAGGACGUCCUGCAACCACAGCGCCGAGGUGGUGGGCUGGAGGUGACCAGGGAAGCCGCCGAUCCUUGGAUUUGUGUUCUGUCACCCCCCCCCCCCAACCCCACCGUUCAGACUCUCACCCUCCACUGCAGGUCAGUAGGAUCGGAGGUUGUGGAGGAACUCAGAACAAUCCUCAUUCUGGACAACGGCCAAACACAACCAACGACGUCUUCUCCGGGGUGAGGGGUAGAGAAAAACUGCAAAAUCGAAUGUUCUCAGGUUAUAUUCAAUGCAGGUCGAAUGUUAUUCAUGGAAAUAACACUGUGAAAAGGGGAAAUACUGCAUUACGACCACUAGAUGGAGCUGAGUAUUAUAGGAGGUAUGUGUGCUCCUCGGCUCCCUCUAGUGGCGCUGUAUUCUCCAUAAUCAGGGAAUGUUCUCAGGUUAUAGUCUCUGCAGAUCGAAUGUUAAAACUGUUAAAAAACACUCUGAAUGGGGGAAAUACUGCAUUAUGACCACUAGAUGGAGCCGAGUAUUAUAGAAGGUAAGUGAUCUCCUCGGCUCCCUCUAGUGGCGCUGUA